AGGCCAUCAGUUCCACUCUUGUCUUUUCUAGAAAGGCCUGAAGGCGGUCUUGCAAAGAAGUUGCAGUGAGCAUGCAGUUGGAUACCUGGAACUCUGCGCUCUACGGGGUGCCAGGGCACCAAAAGCUGGAAGCUUUGCCCAUGCCUUGUCAGGGGAAAUCUGUAGAGGCUGGUCUAUGUUGAGCACUGGUUGGAAGGAGCAGGUCUGUGCCAAAGCGAGAAAAUGCAACUGCCAGUCUUGUACAAAAACUUUAAAAGCUCACAAGCUUCAAGCUCCAGAAGAGUCUCCAAAUCCCAGAACUUCCCUGUCAUCGAAUCCUAGAAAUUAAAACCUGACACUGUUGGCUUCAGGAAAACGGGGUACUUCAGAGCCCAGUGCUAAGGACCCCUAUUUUCCAUCUUUGUGAUCUUGGGCAAGUUGCACCUCCAUUUUCCCCAUACAAUACAGUAAUGACGAGAUGGAGCUCAAAGGCCUGCCUCUGACAAGAACCCAAUGCCCAACCCCAGGCCAGCCAAGCCCGUGGCCCCUUCCUUGGCCCUUGGUCCCUCCCCAGGAGUCUUGCCAAGCUGGAAGACUGCACCCAAGGCCUCAGAGCUCCUAGCCACCAGGGGUCCUGGGGGAACCUUCCAAGGCCGGGACCUGCGAGGUGGGGCUCACACUUCUUCCUUGAACCCCUUGCCACCAUCACAGCUGCAGCUGCCGACAGUACCCCUGGUCAUGGUGGCACCCUCUGGGGCCCGACUAGGUCCCUCACCCCACCUGCAGGCACUUCUCCAGGAUAGACCACACUUCAUGCAUCAGCUCUCCACUGUGGAUGCCCAUGCCCAGACCCCUGUGCUGCAAGUGCGCCCACUGGACAACCCGGCCAUGAUCAGCCUCCCACCACCUUCUGCUGCCACUGGGGUCUUCUCCCUCAAGGCCCGGCCUGGCCUGCCACCUGGGAUCAAUGUAGCCAGUCUGGAAUGGGUGUCCAGGGAGCCAGCUCUACUCUGCACCUUCCCACGCUCAGGGACACCCAGGAAAGAUAACAACCUUUUGGCUGCACCGCAAGGAUCCUACCCACUGUUGGCAAACGGAGUCUGUAAGUGGCCUGGUUGUGAGAAGGUCUUCGAGGAACCAGAAGAGUUUCUUAAGCACUGCCAAGCAGAUCACCUCCUGGAUGAGAAGGGCAAGGCGCAGUGCCUCCUGCAGAGAGAAGUGGUACAGUCUCUGGAACAGCAGCUGGAGCUGGAAAAGGAGAAGCUGGGUGCUAUGCAGGCCCACCUGGCCGGGAAGAUGGCACUGUCAAAGGCUCCAGCUAUGGCCUCAGUGGACAAGAACUCUUGCUGCAUUGUAGCUGCGAGCACGCAGGGCAGUGUUCUCCCAGCCUGGUCUGCUCCCCGGGAGGCUUCAGACAGCCUGUUUGCAGUGCGGAGGCACCUCUGGGGAAGCCAUGGAAAUGGCACCUUUCCAGAGUUCUUCCACAACAUGGACUAUUUCAAGUUCCACAACAUGAGACCCCCUUUCACCUAUGCCACCCUCAUCCGAUGGGCCAUCCUGGAAGCUCCAGAGAAGCAGAGAACACUCAAUGAAAUCUACCACUGGUUCACACGCAUGUUUGCCUACUUCAGAAACCACCCAGCCACCUGGAAGAAUGCCAUCCGCCACAACCUGAGUUUGCACAAGUGCUUCGUACGAGUGGAGAGUGAGAAGGGAGCAGUGUGGACCGUCGAUGAGUUUGAGUUUCGCAAGAAGAGGAGCCAACGCCCCAGCAAGUGCUCCAACCCUUGCCCUUGAUCUCAAAACCAAGACAAGAAAGAUGGACAGGGGCCAAAACACGAAACUGAGGCUGUGGAGGCAAGGAGGCAAGUCCCGGACAUAUCUACAGAGACCAGGCAAUGGUGUUUCUGCCGUCUCGCCUGUCUAGCUGCCCUCCUGGAUUGUAUCUUCUGCCUUCAGGCUGAGGGACACCAAUCCCAGCCCAGCCCCUAUCCCCAACCCAUUCCCAAGAUGGGCUUUCCCUCAUACCCAGCUAUACAUACAGUCUCCCUUGGCUACUCCCAAGUGGGAAAAUGACACAGACACACACCGCCAUAAUCCUGUCCCCUGGACUCAACCCAAACCCUAAAGCACAAAGAGCCUGCCUUGGUACAUUCUUCUGCCCUCAAAGUUGCAUGGUCUUGCAGUUUCAUACAACUGCAAUCCUACUGACUCAUACCCGAAAGCACUCACCCACAACAUCUGGAACCAUGGGCACUAUCACAUAUAGGUAUAUAUGCAGACCCUUGCACAACAGCAGCACUAGAACCUUCCAGAUUACAUCCCAGAAAACCACAGGCAUAACUGGUCAUACACAGCCUCAUGCAAUGCCCCCAAAAUAAUCAACAGUCAGACAUAGCUUGUCAGAACUCACACAUGCGCACACAUGCAGCCCCCUCCACUGUAUCUCCUGAGCUCCAUGAAUACACAUUGACUCACCAAAAUGUACCCCAUGACUCACUUGCCACUGACUCCAGUCCCCGAACCCAAACCCCAAUCCAUGCCUCAGCGUGGACCACAGAAGAACUUCUCUUUUAUUUGGGAUCCAAGGCCUCUGGCCCCCA